AUGUAUAUACGUCUGCUGGCUGCGGCCAUGGCAGCCGCCCGGGGAGAGGACGAGGAAGAGGCAUCUGAGGCCCAAGAGACCCCAGACCACGCCAUCUUCCGCUGGCUGGCCAUCUCCUUCGCCUCUACCCACCUCACCAUGACCGAGCCCUACCGGGGAGGGUGCCAAGCGCAGGACUACACUGGCGGCAUGGGCAUCAUCAACGGGGCCAAGUGGAAACCCCGCUCUGGGACUAUCAACGACUUCAGUUACCUGCACACCAACUGCCUGGAGCUCUCCAUCUACCUGGGCUGCGACAAGUUCCCUCACGAGAGUGAGCUGCCCCGAGAGUGGGAGAACAACAAGGAAGCUCUGCUCACCUUCAUGGAGCAGGUUCACCGUGGCAUCAAGGGGGUUGUGACAGACGAGCAGGGCAUCCCUAUCGCCAACGCCACCAUCUCCGUGAGCGGCAUUAACCACGGAGUGAAGACAGCAAGUGGUGGCGAUUACUGGCGCAUCCUGAACCCGGGGGAGUACCGCGUGACGGCCCACGCGGAGGGCUACACCCCGAGCUCCAAGACCUGCAACGUGGAUUACGACAUCGGGGCCACCCAGUGCAACUUCAUCUUGGCUCGCUCCAACUGGAAGCGCAUCCGGGAGAUCAUGGCCAUGAACGGGAACCGGCCCAUCCCGCACAUCGACCCGUCGCGCCCCAUGACCCCCCAGCAGCGGCGCAUGCAACGCCGCCGCCUGCAGUACCGGCUGCGCAUGCGCGAACAGAUGCGGCUCCGGCGCCUGAACGCCACCGCCCCUUAG